AUGGACGAGAAGGGUGACCCGAGCAGUGAGGAGGCGCCCAAAGCCAUCAAGCCUACCAGCAAGGAGUUCCGGAAGACGUGGAGCUUCCGGAGGACCACCAUCGCCAAGCGCGAGGGUGCUGGGGAUGCGGAGGCAGACACCCUGGAGCCGUCGCCCCGGCAGCAGCAGAGCCCCUCCCUGCGGCGUAGCGGGCGGCAGCCGAAGCGCACCGAGCGGGUGGAGGAGUUUCUGACCACCGUGCGGCGCCGCGGCCGUCGGAGCGCCCCCGCUUCCCUGGAGGACUCCGGGGAGCCAGCGUCCUGUCCAGCAACAGAUGCGGAGACCGCCUCUGAGGGCAGUGUGGAGAGCGCCUCAGACGGGAAGAGCGGGCCCAGAUCCAGCUCCACAGGUGCUAAGCAGCGGCCGGCCUCCUCGGCGAAGGCCAGAGAGGGCGAGGACGAGGACGACACGUCUGACAGCGACAGUGACGGACUGACCUUGAAGGAACUCCAGAACCGCCUGCGGAAGAAGCGUGAGCAGGAGCCUACGGACCGGCCCGCGAGGGGCAUCCAGAACCGCCUGCGGAGGAAGCGGCGGGAGGAGGACCCGGCUGAGACCGUGGACGUCCAGGCGGGUGAUGCAAUGGAGGGCUCGCUGCCUGCCUCACGGGAGCCUGAGGGCGACCUGGGGGCUGUAGCCCAGGCAGCGAAAGAGGACAGAGAGGGCCGGCCGGAUGGGAGAGUGGCCCCGGGAGGGAGAGCUGAGGAAGCUGCAGACUCGGUCCGGCACAAGCCGGAGUGCGAGGUGUACGACCCCAGCGCCCUGUACUGCCUGUGCCGCCAGCCUCACAACAACAGGUUUAUGAUUUGCUGUGACCGAUGUGAAGAAUGGUUUCAUGGUGACUGUGUGGGAAUUUCUGAGGCUCGAGGGCGGCUCUUGGAGAGGAAUGGGGAAGACUAUAUCUGCCCCAACUGCACGAUCCUGCAGGUGCAGGAUGAGGCCAGCUCAGAAGCCACAGACAUGCAGGACACGAGGUCAGGACCCCUGGGUGCCGACAGCACAGACUUCACCAGUAUAGGAACCGUGGAGCAGAAGUCAAGUGAAGACCAGGGAAUUAAGGGUAGAAUUGAAAAAGCUACAAACCCAAGUGGCAAGAAGAAACUCAAGAUAUUCCAGCCCGUCGUGGAGGCGCCUGGUGCUGCCAAGUGCAUCGGCCCUGGGUGCUCAAGUGUGGCGCAGCCCGACUCGGUCUACCGCAGCAACGACUGCAUCCUGAAGCAUGCCGCGGCCACCAUGCGCUUCCUGAGUGCAGGGAAGGAGCAGAAACCCAAAGCAAAAGAAAAGCUCAAGACAAAGCCAGAAAAAAUUGUUCUUCAAAAAUGUAGCGUUCAAGCAGGCAUUAAAAUCUCUUCUGUGCACAAGAGACUGGCUUCAGACAAGAAGGAAAACGCGGUGAAGAAGGCAGCAGUGGCCCCUCCCAGGAACGAGGUCCUCACUAAGGAGCCAGCCUGUGAGAGCAGCACGCCAUCCUGGGCCAGCGACCACAAUUACAAUGCAGUAAAGCCAGAACAGACUGCUGCCCCCUGGCCGCCACUGUUGUAUAAAUCUGUGAAGGAGGACAGACGCAUGGAGGACAAGACGGCUGUGGUGGUGGCGAAGAAGUUGGCUCCUCCAGGCUCCUCGGGGGCCGGCAGACAACCCCCUGGCAGAAAUCUCCUUCCAAAGAAGUCCCCUUCUUUUGCAAACACAGCAGUGGCCAAGUCCACUGUCAGAAAGUCACCCUCAGGCUUCAAGGGCACCAUCCCCAAGAGGCCGUGGCUCUCGGCCACCACCUCCCCCUCAGGCAGUGCUCCCCCUGCCAAGCAGGCAGGGCUGGUGGCUGCUGCUGCCUCAUCUGCUUCCAGAAAGUUCCCCAGCUCUGCUGCUUCUGUGGGCGCUGCCAGGAAGCCUGGGAGUACCUCAGUUCCCCUGGCCUCUCCAGCCCCGGGACGCUUGGGCCCUGUGAGCCCCGCUUCAUCACAGCCAAAUUCACAAAUUCGGCAGAACAUAAGACGCUCCUUGAAGGAGAUCUUGUGGAAAAGAGUCAAUGACAGUGAUGACUUAAUCAUGACCGAAAAUGAAGUAGGGAAAAUCGCACUGCUCAUCGAGAAGGAGAUGUUUAACUUGUUCCGAGUCACGGACAAUCGGUACAAGAGCAAGUACCACAGCCUCAUGUUCAACCUCAAGGACCCCAAAAAUCAGGGACUUUUCCAUCGAGUUCUGCGUGAAGAAAUCUCAUUGGCAAAACUGGUGAGAAUGAAGCCAGAAGAACUGGUCUCCAAAGAGCUCUCCGUGUGGAGAGAGCGAACGACAAAGCCCGUGAUGGAGUCCAGAACGAAAUUGCACAAUGAGACUAAGAAGCCUGCCAUUAAACAGGAAGCCGUUCCCGACAUGGAAGACUCUCCACCAGUGUCAGACUCUGAUGAGCAGCAAGAGUCGGUGCGGGCAGCCCCCGAGCGGAGUACAGCACCGCUGCCGGGUGUCUUCAGCAGCGACACGACCAGCCAGCACCGGGCGCACCUCUUUGACCUGAACUGCAAGAUCUGCACGGGUCAGGUUCCAUCCUCGGAAGAUGAGCCAGCUCCGAAAAAACAGAAGUUGUCAGCUUCUGUCAAGAGGGAAGAGUCCAAGUCCAAGCGUGACAGCCCCCCAUCUGAGCCGGUUCUCAGUGAGGCAGAUGAUAUGGCGCCCGAAACCCCGCCUGAAAAUGCCUCGGAGCCAGACCUGGAAAGUGUAGCUCGCACCCACUUAGAGGGAAAGUACCUCCCAGCACCCCUGGAGGACAGCCAGCCUGAGCCUCCUGCCCUGGAAGGUCCACCCUGCCCCACCCCUGGUGGUGGCAGUGUGCUCACCACAGUCACGAUGUCCGGUCGGGACCCCAGGACUGCAUUGGGCGGGCCAAGCACGGCCACAGCUCCUGCAACAACCCACCCGGAGGGCACCACCCCAGCAGAGCCCCGACAAGACAUACCAAAGCCAGUGCCACCCUCUGUGACGGUGCCCAAGUCCAUCCUGGCCAAGCCAUCUGCGUCCCCUGAGCCUAGAUAUCUCCGGUCCGUGCCGCCAUCCCCAAGCAUCAGCAUCUCAGAGUCCCGGUCCCCUCCUGAAGGAGACACAACUCUCUUCUUGUCUCGACUCAGCACCAUUUGGAAAGGAUUUAUUAACAUGCAAAGCGUAGCCAAGUUUGUCACUAAGGCGUAUCCUGUCUCUGGAUGUUUUGAUUAUCUCAGUGAGGACCUGCCCGACACGAUUCACAUUGGAGGGAGGAUUGCUCCAAAGACCGUGUGGGAUUACAUCGGCAAGCUCAAAUCCUCAGUGUCCAAGGAGCUCUGUCUGAUCCGCUUCCACCCCGCGACUGAGGAGGAGGAGGUGGCCUAUAUCUCACUCUACUCCUACUUCAGCAGCCGCGACCGCUUUGGCGUCGUGGCCAACAACAGCCGGCACGUCAAGGACCUCUACCUGAUCCCACUCAGCGCCACUGACCCCAUCCCCUCCAAACUGCUGCCCUUUGAGGGGCCAGGUCUCGAGUCACCGCGUCCAAACAUAAUCCUCGGGUUAGUGAUCUGUCAGAAAACAAAGCGGCCCUCAGGCGCUGGGGAGCUAGACAAGACGGAGGAGAAGCGGGCUCGCCUGCUGACACAGGACGAGGUGGAGCCUGUCCAUCCCAAAGUGCCUACUGCCCUGCCGCCAGAGAAGAGGCCCCCCAAGUACCAGCUCUGCCCAGGGGAUGCGGCUGUUAGCACCACGCCCCCGGCUCUCCCCCACCCCCACCCCCUCCUCCAGAAGCACCUGGGGCGCCAGGCUCGUCUUCCAUGUUGA